AUGACCCCAGAUCGGAUCCGUAGAAGCCUUGCAACAUCGAGGCUCUCAGUUUUCGUCGAGCCCACCGCCUCUGUUCCCGUCCAACAUACAAUCCCUGCUCCCAGUCCAACCUCUACCGCGGCUCUCAUCCUAGCUAGCGCUCAGGCUCCACCAGCUGUCGUCUCCACGCCACCUUCCGACCCAGUCGCUGCACGUUCAAUCCUGGCCUAUACACGUUCUCGCAUUCAAGCACAUCCAGUCCCCAUCCGGAUCACGCAGAUUCUCAACCCUACUCCGGCUCCUAUCUCAGCUCCUACUUCAUCACCUAGUAUCCCGAUCUGUCCCUCGAUACCUAUCCCCUCUCGUCCUCCAUUUGACAUAUCGAUCCCGACCACAACAUAUGUACCCACACAUCUCGCUUGGAAUGAACUUCCCGAAUCCGAGCAAGCCCGUUUGUCUGCUCAGUACGACGAUACAAUCAAUCGAGUAUGGCCAUUAUACUCCCUCUUCCGUAUAGUUGGUUUCGAUAGUUACACUCGAGCACUGGGAUUAGCGACCUGUGAUGAGCCCGACGGCAAAGUGAAGAGGAUUACGCUAGAGAAAUACCCAGAGCUUGCAGAUAUCAUGAACAAAUUUCGCGUAGAUCGCAACCUCUUUGAGUUUUGCCAUCAUCGUUUAUUCCACAAUGUGUUAGAUGCACCAAUCGACGAAGCCAUGUCCAAACUAGAAUCCCUGUUCACCCCAUCAUCAAUUCUGCAUCCUUCGUCUCACCGAUUGCCAAUCUCGCUGAUUCCCACCGGUUCACUCGCUAUUGAUUCCCUUGCGCAUCCUUACUUCUGGGACCGCGAUCGCGUACGGCGUAGCUUUGUGGAACGAAGACCUCAGAAUGAUGUGGCUCCCCUUCCGCGGACUCCAGAGCUCGUGCUCGGGAUCAGCGCAUACUGGGGUCUAUACUUCGCAUAUUCGCCAAACAAGACGGCGGAGGAAGCUCGUAAGAGCAAGCUUUCCCAGGAUUUAAUCCUGGCAAUCGAAGACCUUUCUACCGUUGUGGACACUGCGUCUCACAGUCCUGAAGCCACAUCAUGCCGCGCUGCUAUGGCAGAACGCUGCUUCUACGCUCUCUACUUAAGUCGCAUUGUUGUCCUCUCAAGGUUCUUGGAUUGUCUCCCUCGAGAUCUACAUGUGCGGUACGCGCGUGCGGAAUGGGCUUCAUUUCAGCAUAGCCCGCCAUGCACUACAGACGGCGAUGACAUAUUCUCAGUAGUUUAUCGGCACAUAAUGAGGACUCAAUGUUCCACUGUCGACUUAAAGCGGACGGCUGAAGCUCGCUUUGACUCCCUGCAUUGGAAGAAUCUACAAUACUUCGAUGACGAAUACGGCACCCUACCAUUCUAUAUUGUGGUCGACGAGAUUGAAGCAGCCGUUCCUCAAACCACAUCGAGUGGUCGCCGUCCGGCCUGCUCCCGUCUUGGCAUCAACACACUGUUCUAUGGAUUUGAUCAACCUCCGUGA